AUGCUGCGGCAGACGUGUAUUCUUCUAAGAUCACUUCUCAGAGUCGCACGACGAUUUUCCACCACACAAAUCACCAAUAGCCGUGUUUGUGUUAUCGGCGCCGCUGGUAAUGUGUGUCAACCGCUAUCGCUGCUGCUGAAACGAGAUAGCCGUGUCACCGAUCUCGCGCUCUACGACAUCAAAUUAGCGGCUGGCGUGGCUAUGGAUAUCUUGCAUGUAGACACCGAUUCCCUAGUGGCUGGCUACGAUAAAAUAGAGAAUAUACAAAAAGCUUUGUAUUGCGCUGAUGUGGUAAUAAUCGUUGCUGGGCAUCCGCGCAAGAAGGGCAUGUCGGAUGAUGCACUUUUUAAAAUGAAUGCCGGCAUUAUUGUCGAAAUAAUGCCGAAGAUUGCUGAAACUUGCCCUAAAGCGCUGAUCGCCAUGGUCACCAGUCCAAUCAACUCACUUGUUCCGUUAGCAGCCGAAAUACUAAAAACGAAAAAUGUCUACGAUCCAAAUCACUUGUUUGGCGUAAGCACGCCGCAUGUGGUGCGCACGCGCUACUUUAUGGGCGAUGUCUUGCAAGUCGAUCCCGCCCGAGUAGAUGUACCUGUUAUUGGUGGCUGUUCAAAGUGUACCAUACUUCCAAUACUCUCACAAUGCAAGCCAAAUUUUAAGCUCGAAGAUGAGCAUGAUGCACUUCCCAUAGUUAAGAAAGUGCGCAAUGCUGAGGAAGAGGUGGCAAAAGCGAAGGGCGACCGCGCCGCCGCCUCACUGGUGAUUGCGCAUUCGGUAGCUAAAUUCACUAGUUCGCUGCUGCUGGGUCUUUCGGGCCUAGGUGACCCAAUUGAGUGUUCAUAUGUGGAAUCAGUUGCCACCGAAUGUGCAUUCUUCGCAACACCACUCAAACUGGGCAAGAAAGGUAUUGAUAAGAAUUUAGGUUUACCAGAAUUGUCUAACUUUGAAACGGAUUGGAUGAAUGAAUUGAUACCUGAGCUGAAGGAGAAUAUCAAGAAAGGAGUAGAGUUUGCGAAGAAUAAGAAAUAGCUGCAAAUAUGGAAU